ACAUUGUUCACACUCCACUAAAGACAUUGAUCUGUAUCAACAUCAGGGAAUAACAACAAGCCAACACAUCGGAGAUAGUGAUUCUGAUUACCUCAGCAGGAUGUCAGCUCACAACUGCUCUUUUGAUCUCAUUGCUGAAAAAGGCAGUUGGCUUUGUCCUCCGGGGGAAAAAUGUCUAAAUCUCACCUCUGGUAUGAACGGAAGCCGCAUUGAUCUGGAUGACACAUGUCUGACAGAGGAAGGAUACCUGGAGAGAUAUCUGGGGCCUCGUCGAUCACCUGUGUUUCUUCCUGUCUGCCUCAUCUAUCUGGUUAUCUUCCUGGUAGGUGUGGUGGGUAAUGUGCUGACAUGCACUGUCAUUGCACGCAACAAGGUGAUGUGGACGCCAACAAACUACUAUUUGUUCAGCCUUGCAGUGUCAGAUCUGCUGGUACUGCUGCUCGGUAUGCCGUUAGAGCUGUAUGAGCUUUGGCAGAACUACCCCUUUCUCCUGGGGAAGAGCGGCUGCUACUUUAAAACGUUCCUAUUUGAGACCGUUUGCUUGGCGUCUAUCCUCAACGUGACAGCACUGAGCAUGGAGCGUUACAUUGCUGUGGUGCACCCGCUACGUGCAAAGUAUGUUGUAACACGCACCCAUGCCAAGCGGGUUAUCCUUACGGUGUGGGGUGUGUCGGUGCUGUGUGCUUUGCCAAACACAAGUCUGCAUGGGAUCAGUGUCCUUCAUAGUUGCUCCACUGGCCCCACUGGAAACAUAACCGUGGAGAUCCCUGACUCAUCAAUCUGUACAAUGGUGAAACCACGCUGGAUGUACAACUUGACCAUCCAGGUGACCACCUUGCUAUUUUUUAUGCUGCCCAUGCUCACCAUCAGCGUGCUCUACAUGCUCAUCGGGCUGCAGCUAAAGCAGGAAAAAAUGCGUCAGUCACUGGAGGCGAAGACAGGAUUUGGACAGGACAGCUUCUGUAACAUCCGAACACAGCAGCAGAAGGCACGUCGCCAGCAGGUCACCAAAAUGUUGUUCGUUUUAGUGGUGGUUUUCGGGAUCUGCUGGGCCCCGUUUCAUACUGACCGCCUCAUGUGGAGUUUCAUCAAUGAAUGGACCGACAACCACCAUGAAAUCUUCGAGUAUGUGCACAUUAUAUCCGGUGUGUUUUUCUACCUCAGCUCAGCAGUCAAUCCCAUUCUGUACAACCUCAUGUCCACACGCUUUAGAGAAAUGUUCAAAGAGGUCAUGUGCCAUCGGCCACAUCAUAUCUCUCCCAGAAAACACUCGCUCAGUGUUACCCGGGUGACGCUCCGCAGCACACUGAGUGAUGCACCUCUCAGCAACGGAGCUGCUGUGGUCGAAGCUGAGGCGGAGGAUGGAGACGUGAGGAUGAAAGAUGAGACAGCUUUUAUGCAUUAAUACAACUUAGAGGUCACAUCAAGUGGAAAAUGAUGUUUA